ACUUUGCGAAUUGGCGGCAGCUAGUUUUAUCUAGUGAUGUUUUAAAAAUUGUAUUAUUUUGAUUUUAUGUUAUAUGGGUUGACAGGAGUUGUUGUUAUAAUUAUAUGUGACUUUUGUUUUAUACUCACAUACAAUUUUUAUGUUAUACGUUACCUCCUGGAGUAUCUUGUAAGCUGCUUUGGAGUCCCUUUUGGGAGAAGGUGGCGGGAUAGAAAUAAAGAUGAUGAUGAUGAUUAUUAUUAUUAUUAGAAAUCAAUAUGGAUUUGACCCUUGGUUUCCUCCGCUGCCUCCCUGCUUAUUUUUGUUAAUUUUUGUUAAACAUUAUUAACGAUUUAAAAAUGAGACCAAUUUGGGCAGGGGCUUAGACUUGCCACUAGCCAGCCUGUGCCUUCAGAAGGAGAGGAGAGAAAGCAAGUGUGUGCCUGUUUGUGGGUUGUGAUGAUGGUGAUGAUGGUUGGAGGUGUGGGGAGGGGAGGAUGAAAGGAGCUGACUUUGCAAGGCUCCUUUCUUUCUGUUUUGGAGGAGGAGGAGGAGGAGGAGAAGAGGGGGACAGAGGCGAGCAGCAGAGGACAACCAUGUGGCGCAGCUGUGGGCUGAGCUUGCUGGAGCCGGGCUCCUCCAGCUAGAGUGCGCUGCCCCUUUAAGAGACUGGUCAAGGAGUCCUAGCUCAGAGAGAGAGAGAGAGAGAGAGAGAGCGAGGACAAGAGAGAGAGAGAGAGAGAGAGCUGGAGCCAGAGGGGGGGAAAAUCAAUCGGUUUAGGAGGUUUGGAUCCACUUGACAGGUUCAGUUGGAGGCGAUCCUCCUUGGCGACGGCGACAAAGGGAAAAAGAGAGAGAAGAAAUUGCGCGUCCGUCCGUCCGUCCCUCCGUCCGUCCUCUCUCUCUUUUUUGUUUCCCUCUCCAGCAUGUUAACCGACCCCGAUUUACCUCCGGAGUUUGAAAGGAUGUCUUCCAAGCGACCAGCCUCUCCGUAUGGGGAAGCAGAUGGAGAGGUAGCCAUGGUGACAGGCAGACAGAAAGUGGAAGAAGAGGAGAGUGACGGGCUCCAAGCCUUUCACCUUCCUUUGCAUGUGAGUUUUCCCAACAAGCCUCAUUCUGAGGAAUUUCAGCCAGUUUCUCUGCUGACGCAAGAACCUUGCGGCCAUAGGACUCCCACCUCUCAGCAAAACACAAUGGAAGUUGAUGGCAAUAAAGUGAUGUCUUCAUUUGCUCCACACAACUCAUCUACCUCACCCUCGAAGGCAGAAGAAGGUGGGCGUCAAAGUGGAGAGUCCUUCUCCAGUACAGCCCUGGGUACUCCCGAGAGACGUAAAGGCAGUCUAGCAGAUGUUGUGGACACACUAAAACAGAGGAAAAUGGAGGAGCUCAUCAAGAAUGAACCAGAAGAAACCCCCAGUAUUGAAAAGCUACUAUCAAAAGAUUGGAAAGACAAGCUUCUUGCCAUGGGAUCAGGGAACUUUGGAGAAAUAAAAGGGACUCCAGAGAGCCUUGCUGAGAAAGAGAGGCAGCUUAUGGGCAUGAUCAAUCAGCUGACCAGUUUGCGGGAGCAGCUGCUGGCAGCGCAUGAUGAGCAGAAGAAACUGGCGGCCUCACAAAUUGAGAAGCAGCGCCAGCAAAUGGAGCUGGCCAAGCAGCAACAGGAACAGAUUGCAAGACAACAGCAGCAGCUCCUGCAGCAACAACACAAAAUCAACCUUCUACAGCAACAGAUCCAGCAGGUCCAAGGUCAGCUACCGCCAUUAAUGAUUCCAGUAUUUCCCCCAGACCAACGGACUCUAGCAGCAGCAGCCCAGCAAGGAUUCCUCCUUCCUCCUGGUUUCAGCUACAAGGCAGGCUGCAGUGACCCUUACCCUGUUCAGCUGAUCCCAACAACCAUGGCAGCUGCUGCCGCAGCAACCCCCGGCUUAGGCCCUCUCCAACUGCAGCAGUUGUAUGCUGCCCAGCUUGCUGCGAUGCAAGUAUCCCCAGGUGGAAAAAUACCCGGCAUUCCCCAAAGCAACCUCGGAGCAGCAGUAUCACCUACCAGCAUCCAUACUGACAAGAGCACAUCCAGCCCUCCGCCCAAAAGCAAGGACGAUGUGGCCCAGCCACUGAACCUCUCGGCAAAACCCAAGACAAAUGACAGCAAGUCACCCACAUCUCCCACCUCUCCCCACAUGCCGUCACUGAGAAUAAACAGCGGGAGCAGCUCCCUGAAAUCUUCUGUGCCAGCAACGUUAGCUAGUCCUUCAGCAAGGGUCAACACAAUAGAUAUCCUUUCCUCCAUCACAUCAUCAGGUUACUUAAACGAUCAUGAUGCUGUUACCAAGGCAAUCCAAGAGGCUCGGCAGAUGAAAGAACAGCUACGGCGGGAGCAACAGGUCUUGGAUGGGAAGGUUGCUGUCGCAAACAACCUGGGUCUGAAUAACUGCAGGACAGACAAGGACAAAACGACACUGGAGAACUUGACUCAGCAAUUGGCCGUCAAACAGAAUGAAGACGGGAAGUUCAGCCAUGCUAUGAUGGAUUUCAACAUGAGCGGAGAUUCUGACGGAAGCGCUGGGGUAUCAGAGUCUCGGAUUUAUCGGGAAGCCCGAGGGCGUGGGAGCAACGAGCCCCACAUCAAGCGCCCAAUGAAUGCCUUCAUGGUGUGGGCAAAAGAUGAACGAAGGAAGAUCUUACAGGCCUUCCCUGAUAUGCAUAACUCUAACAUCAGCAAAAUACUGGGCUCUCGCUGGAAAGCUAUGACGAACCUUGAGAAACAGCCAUACUACGAGGAGCAGGCCCGCCUCAGCAAGCAACACCUGGAGAAGUACCCAGACUACAAAUACAAGCCCAGGCCGAAGCGCACCUGCUUAGUGGAUGGGAAGAAGCUGCGAAUUGGUGAAUACAAGGCAAUCAUGCGCAAUCGACGUCAAGAGAUGAGGCAGUAUUUCAAUGUUGGACAACAAGCACAGAUUCCUAUUGCGACAGCUGGUGUAGUCUACCCAGGGGCCAUUGCCAUGGCCGGGAUGCCCUCCCCACACCUGCCCUCAGAGCACUCAAGUGUGUCGAGCAGCCCAGAGCCUGGGAUGCCUGUUAUCCAGAGCACUUAUGGCAUCAAAAAUGAAGAGACCUCUCACGUCAAAGAGGAGAUGCAGACCGACGACAUCAAUGGCGAAAUAUAUGAUGAGUAUGAUGAAGAGGAGGAUGACCCCGAUGUAGACUAUGGCAGUGACAGUGAAAAUCACAUUGCAGGACAAGCCAACUGAUAAGGGGUCCCAGUUCUUGAUGUUGAUCUUGGAGGACUUCAAAGGAAAGCCCCAACUGGUUCAUGACCCAGUGGCCAAGCACAUGAACUUAAUCCUCAAACACUGACUGUUACUUAAAACUCUUAGUCUUAACUAGUUGGGACAUCAGCUGAUCAAUAGACAUCAGCCUUGCAUCAAAAACUUUUUGAAAGCAAAAUGAAAAAAAUUAAAAGAGACAAAGGCUCAGAGAAAGCAACCAUGACAAUGAGGACAACUAAUGAUGACAAAAAUGAAAAAAAUAAUGGACAAAAAUAAGCUAUGGGUAACAUAAUGCCAGUAAUUCAGCUGCUAUACCCAAGCACUGAAGUCUUACCCGUUCAACCUUUUAUUAUUAUUAUUAUUAUUUUUCAAAUAAACUUUAUGGCUGUUUGUUCUACAAUGUUCUAGAAAAAUUCUCACUCAGGUACACAGUGCCAACAAGUGGCUUGUGAAUGUGUUCUGUUGUUUUGUGCUACAGUUUAAAGAAAAAUAAGAUUUUUGGGGUUGGGGUGGGGGAUUGGGAGUCAAUAAUGCACCUGAUGAUGAAAAAAAGAAAUCAUAAAAUCCUUUAUACUUUCUCCUUCAACUUUGCCACUUUUCCCCCUUUUCCUCAUUCCAGAAGUACAGUUCAUGGUGCUUAUGAUUCUGGCUGGAAUGUGGGAACCACACCAGUUUUGGCCCAUGUGGCAUUGCACAGUCUUAACAUACAGCUAUUGCUCAGGGGCAAAGAAGAGAUCCAAGAGCAUGAUGUGGAGCAGCUUCAGUAAACAAAAACUGUUCAAGAGCACAGUGCUGGCUCAACAAGUGCAAGCUGACCAGUGUGAAGGCUUUAGUAAUGUAAAAAAAAAGUCCUUUAAAUUUUCUUAUCCUCAGCUGUGCCAUUCCAUUGAGGAAAAUAGUCAAUUUUGAAAUUGAUGUUAUGUGUGUUUCCUAAAAAAAAAAAAAAAAACCCUUGUUUUGUGUUACAAAAAAAGGAAAACAUAAUGCAUUCCGUAGAAAGUAGUAUAUUUUGCAAAAAGGACACUGUUCCCUGAGCAAAACUUCUGGGUUUUUAAAUUUUAUUUUCUUUUACAAAAAAAAGGUCCCAAAAUGUGAAAAAUCAGCAAAAAUGUACAAAAAUGACCAGAAUUGCACCCAGGGAAAGAAAUACUUUUAAAAUUAGUCAUUUUUAUGCAAGAAUUGUAUGUAUGGAGACGUAUGUCCCUAGCAGGCUAUAACAACCUUUUCAUGAGUCUAUGGUCUUAUAAUCCAUACUUUUGAACCAUAGGAAGUUGCCUCAUGCUCUGUCAGAGACAUUUUUGCAGUUCA